AUGUCUUCUUUCUCAUUCCCUUGUCCGACGAUUAAACGAGAGAACAUCGAGGAGCUAUACUCCUCGUUCGAAGUUGACCACGCCGUGGUCUGCGAACUCGCUUCUGAUCAAGAGACUCCAGAAACUGUCAGAGAGGGCUACUGCAGAGCAUACCUCAGUUUCUUCGAGUCUUGCGGGCUUUCUUUCCCGAUUCCAAGACAGGUGCUUGAAAUUCUUGCCGAGCUUGGGAUCUCUCUCACGCAGCUAUGUCCGAAUCUCCUUAGGCAUCUCCUAGCGAUCCUUGUCAGAGCCAGGGAAGAGAAGCUUUUAUUCGAGCUCGAGGAGUUACACAGUCUUUAUCUCGUAAAGCGCAACCAAAGGAAUCCGUGGACUUUCUUGGCGGCUCCUCUUCCUGGUCUCCACGUGAUUGGAGGGACUCCCUAUCGGGAUGAUCUGUGGAGGGAAAAAUUCUUCGUUUUCAAAGUAGACUCGUCUACAGUAGGAGAUUUUGAUUUUUCCCUGCUCCCUCGACGUUGGGCCAAGAAUAUCGCUCACCCGAAGGUUUCUAUGAUGUCGGAUCAACUCCGCGGUAUGGUGGCUGUUUUGAAACGUGGAGACACUGACUGGUCGUCAUUUACCAGGGAACGAAUUCGCACUUUGAACUCGCUUCCUAUCGGUUUAGGAAUAGCUCAUGCGAUCUCGGCACUGAUCGGGUUGCUUGAAGAAGCUGAGCCUUCUAACCAUGAAGAGCCCACUUCUACGGAGGAGGUGAUUGCUCGUCCUAAUACGAGCCGUUCUGAGAGGUGCUUGUUUCGGAGAUCGCUUAGGAACUUGGCGUCUGCUUCAAAGAAAGCUCCCGUGGAUCCUACCCUGUUGUCUUUGAGUUCUGAUUUGGAGGAGGAUAUUCCGGCUCGCGAGCACGGAUCUGCCAGGGCUUCGCGAAGUGCCUCACCAAGACCGCCGCGAUCUGCUUCCAAGACGUCGAAAAGGCGGAUAGUGGGGAGGAGUGACCGUUCCCCUUACGUGAGGCUAGCUCUGGUCCCAAACGCUUGGGUGAAAGGACUAGCUCUCGAAGCUUCGGGGCGACGUUCUUUUCUUCCUCGGAGGAGGAAGAUGCUUAUACCAAGAUCACCGAAGCGAAUGCCAAGGUCAUGGAGGCUUAGAGAUGUGGAAAUUGAUCGGAUCUCUGCUGAACUUGAGAUCGCCAAGCGGGAGAACAAGGAGGAGGUUGAGAAGAUCAACUCCAUGAUGGCAGAGUGGGUGAAGGUUUGUGACGAUAAGUCAGCUCUAGAAGUCGAGGUCGCUGCUCAACAGACCAAGAUUGCAAGGCUUGAAGCUGAGAGGGAUGGAGACGUUCGUUCUGCUCGUCGCGAGAUGUCGAGUCAGUAUGCGGUGAUUCUGGGAUCUUUAGAAGAAAAGUGGUCGAACAAGGAGAGGGAGAUGGCGGCUAGGAUUCAGCUUCAGGAGGUGGUAGCUAACAUUGAUCUUCUGACUAAGAUCAAGGAGGGCAGCUGUGACGUUGAUGGGGAGUUGGCUCUUCUGCAAGAUUUGGAGAGAGACUGCGAAGCAGCCGUCGAGUCAUGUCCCUCCUCAAGUUGGACUAUUUCUGAGCUUGAUCUUCCGCAAGUGUCGGAGGAGUCGGACCUCGGGGGACCGUCAAACGCGGGAGGCGACGUCGACCCUUGA